GAGGAAGCUGCCGACACACACUGCGGUGGAAACACUCUGUGAGACCCUAAUUCAUGCGCACAGACCCUCAUUUCAGUUCCCACGCUCCCGGCCGCAGCUGGUGGAUGCAGGCAACAGGCGCGGGUCCUUGGAUCAAACCCACCCGUCUCGGCGCGAUGUUCCACCAGCAUGAGGACCCCGAGGCGGCGAACGACAGCUGCCCGGGCGCCGCCUGCAACGCCACCUUGGCGGAGGACGCACUCCAGCUGCCCACCUUCUCCACGGCCGCCAAGGUGCGCGUCAUCAUCACCUUCAGCCUGUGCGCGGUGUCGGCCGUGUGCAACCUGCUGGUGCUGUGGGCGGCCGGCAAGGGCGGCAGGCGCAAGUCCCACGUCAGGAUUAUCAUCAUGAACCUGACCGUGGCCGACCUGCUGGUCACGUUCAUCGUCAUGCCCGUGGACGCCGUGUGGAACAUCACCGUGCAGUGGCAGGCGGGAGACGCCGCCUGCCGGCUGCUGAUGUUCCUCAAGCUGGUGGCCAUGUACUCCUGCGCCUUCGUCACGGUGGUCAUCAGUCUGGACAGGCAGUCGGCCAUCUUGAACCCUCUGGGCAUCAGGGAGGCCAAGACCAGGAGCAAGAUCAUGCUGACUGUGGCCUGGACCAUGAGCGUCUUCCUAGCGCUUCCUCAGAUGUUUAUAUUCCACAAUGUGACCAUCACCGUCCCGGAGAACUUCACGCAAUGCACCACCCACGGCAGUUUUGUCCAGCACUGGCAGGAGACGGUCUACAACAUGUUCACCUUUGCGUGCCUCUUCCUCCUUCCUUUGGCCAUCAUGAUUUUCUGCUACACAAGAAUCCUUAUUGAGAUGGCUCGCAAUACCUUGCUGUCCAGAGAUGCUCACCUUCGCCGGUCCCACAACAACAUCCCCAAAGCCCGAAUGAGAACUCUCAAGAUGAGCAUUGUCAUCGUGACAUCUUUCAUCAUCUGCUGGACCCCGUAUUACCUGCUGGGCCUGUGGUAUUGGUUGUUUCCCGAAAAAAUGGAGGAGACGGUCUCCCAUUCUCUCACUCACAUGCUGUUCAUCUUCGGCCUCUUUAACGCCUGUCUAGACCCCAUUACCUACGGCCUGUUCACCAUUCAUCUCCACCAGGGCAUGAAGAAGUACUGCCGAGGCUCCAACACGCAGAUCACUUCCGAAAACAACAAUUUUGUCAUGCACAUGACUCGCCCGUCCUCCCGCAGGCAGGUGGCCUCAGGUGGCCGCCACACAGACACGGAGGAAAGAAGCGACAACAGCAGCAGCAAAAGCGCCUCCAGGCCAAUUGUGCCUGUUAGCGAGAUUUAAAGUCUAAUGACCACGAUCUCAGUGUUCCGCUUGCUCUUUUAGCAGAAACAAAGGUCACUCAAUCAUUCAUUUUUGAUCCACUCAAGUAAUCAUGCAGUAUUAUUCUGCUGAUGGACUGAUUUGACGUUAGUUACGAUCGGACAAACCGCUGCCGAGUGUUGUGUGUCACUGCUCUUUUGACAUGCAUGCCGCAGGGGGGUGGAGGUCUCAUCAUGUUGCAUGUACUUUGGAAACCAGGCUGAGGAGCACGUUUCCACAACCAUCUGUAUACCACCUGUACAUUUAGAAUGAAUGUUGUCAUCACUGGAACAGGGGGGCCACUUUUAGCAUGGCACCUGACAGGAGUGACAGAUGAUUGACAGACGUGUACAGGUCAACAUAUACAUCAGCAUCGUCAGUGUUGCCAUGGUAACUACAGCCUGGAACAUCUGCCAGACCUGACCAAGUGGAUGCUUAAUCUUGACUGGGGUUGACAUUUCAAGCGGGAUUCUUAAUAUUCACCUGACGUCACGGCCGGCUCAUUAAAUGUGCGAGACUCCAAGUGGUGGUCAGACGAGCGUGUGCUGUCAAAGCGUUCUAGGCGGCAUUUUGGCUUUCUCCAAGAAAAAUGCUCUAUCAUGGGGGUAACAUGACUCGGUUGGUAGAGCAAACCGUGCCAGCAACUUGAGGGUUCCAGGUUCGAUUCCUGCUUCCGCCAUCCUAGACACUGCUGUUGUGUCCUUGAGCAAGAUCCUUGACCCACCUGCUCCCAGCGCCACCCACACUGGUUUAAAUGUAGCUUAAAGAUGUAGAUCAGGGGUCCCCAAACCUUUUGACUCGGGGGCUGCAUUGGGUUAAAAUAAAU